UCGUGCGAAGCGGUUAGGCAGACUCUAGAAUGUCUGGUUAGAAGGCUGUUUCUUUAACAUUAACGUUAUAAAAAUAAAACCUUCGAAGAGAAAUGUCUGAAAAGGAAGGAGAGCAAGGCCCCAAAAGCACAUUUUCCACUUACAUGGCAGAGGGUGACCAACUAUUCCAUAAAGGAGACUACAUUAAAGCAAUUGAAAGUUACACCACGGCAUUGAUUUUGCAACCUGAUGAGAAGAACUGCCUUGUUGCCAGGUCCAGAUGCUAUGUGAAGAUGGGGGAUUCUGAGAAUGCCUUACGAGAUGCAGAGGCUUCCCUCAGAGAAGACAAGGAAUUUUUCAAGGGUUUGUACCAGAAGGCAGAAGCAUUGUACACCAUGGGGGACUUUGAGUUUGCACUGGUCUUUUAUCACAGAGGGCACAAACUCCGUCCUGAGCUGCAGGAAUUCAGAUUGGGAAUUCAGAAGGCACAAGAGGCCAUUAACAAUUCAGUGGGCAGCCCAUCCUCGGUCAGACUGGAGAACAAGGGUGAUCUCUCCUUCUGUAAAUCCGAUGAGAUGAAGAAGAAUCGUGCAAAGGUUUUCAUCUAUCCUCUAAAGAAGGACCACAGGUUGCAUGGCCAAAAGACUCCAAAAGCUGAGAAGACAGCCAAACAGCUCCUUGGAGAGCUGUAUAGUGAUAAAGAAUACCUGGAGAAGCUUUUGAAAGAUGAUGACCUGGUAAAAGGAAGGACCAGUAGUGGGGAGCGCUUGCAGGACCUUAUAUUAAGUUGUAUCUCGUAUUUGGACACACGCACAGAGUUCUGGCAGCAACAGAAGCCCAUUUAUGCCCGUCAGCGGGACCGGAAGCUUCUUCAGCAACAGUGGAAAAAUACUCAAUACAAUCCCCUGUCUGACCCAACACGCUAUGUUCUUAACAACCUGGAGCAAUUGGACAAUGGCAGUCCACAGGAGACCCUGAAGAGAGCAAGUGAAGUGCUGAAAGUAGUACAAGGAUGGACAGAGGAAGCUUCGCCCAAUAAGAGGGAGAUACUGGGAAAUCUACAUAGCUGCAUUGGUAAUGCACUCAUGGACCUUGGGGAUAUGGAGAAGGCCCUAGACCACCAUCAUAAAGACCUGGAGUUAGCCACACAGAGCAAUUGUUUGGAUCCAAAAUCAAGAGCCCUAGACAACAUUGGUCGUGUUUAUGCUCGUAUUGGUAAUUUCCAAAAGGCAAUAGAAGUCUGGGAAGAGAAAGUACCAUUGGUCCAGGAUGGGCAAGAGAGAGCCUGGCUGUUUCAUGAAAUUGGACGGUGUUCUCUUGAGCUGAAACUGCAUGACAAGGCACGGAACUAUGGCUCCCAAUCUCUCACCGCUGCCAACGAGAUCAGUGAUGAGAAAUGGCAGAUGAAUGCCAAUGUGCUAAUAGCACAAGCUGAACUGAAACUGAGCAACUAUGAAUCUUGUGUCUCUCAUUUUGAGAUAGCACUUGAUAUAGCAAAAUUGCUGCAGGAUGGCCCAGCCAGAGAUGCAAUACAUAAGGCCCUAUGUGAAGCGAGGAACCAUAUUGCACAAUGAACUGAAUCAGGUUGGUUGAAGAAACUGCUGAGGCGAAUAAAACAUUACACAUAUAUUGAACUGUA